AUCAGUUCGAUCCACGGACCGACCCAAAUAUGUCCUCGACGGACCCGCCUAACAUGUCCACUAUUUAUCAAUGAAACGUUAAUUAUGGACCGAGCAGGAAUGUCUUGGGUCCGUUGAUAAGGCUGGCGCGAGAGCGAGGAAGAAUAUUAGCUCAGGCAUCGCUGCUAAUUGUUUUGUGUUAUUUGUCCGCUGUAAUCGUCUUUGAAGUUUAGACGCGUUUGAUCACUUAAUUUGUUCAUGACUUCGAGCAGCAGUUGGAGGAGAUCAUUUGGGAAUGUCAGGUCCUUCAUCGGCAAUUCGAUGGGCGGUCUCAGGGGUGGUGCUAAUCUCGCUUCUUGGGUUGUGGCUGGAACCCUCGCUUACUACCUUUGGGUCAAGCCUUCCCAAGACCUCAAACGGGAACAGCAGGAAAGGGCUGCUCUUGCAGCUGUAGAUCCUCAUCGGUAUAUUGAGAAGAGAAAACCUAUUCCUGAUCCCCAGGAAACUGGUUUGAUAUAUGGCAACAAGAAUACACCUCAAAAACCCGAGGAAUGAGCUACAGAGAGUGAAAUCUUUGGAGAAAUGUAACGGCUUAAGCUUUUCACUGAUCAAAGUUGAAGAAGGGGGUCAGUAAUUAUAAUGUUGGUAGAAGCUAGAGCCUAAAACAGUGAAGAUUAGAAGGUGAUAAAUGAACAAAACUGUGUGGUUCAGUAAAGAGGUGUGGUCAAGAGACUUGAAUCCUUUUAAUGGAACCUUGAGUUGAAGAUUGAAAAAUUUGUGUACUUUGCGUUUGGCGCUGAUGAACAAUUGGAUUGUCUACCAUAGAUUUAUAUUUCUAAUUUUCUAAAAAGAUUGUCUACCAUAAGAAUUUGGUUAUUACUUUAAGAAUUCAAACUUGAAAUUUGUGUUUCUAUCCGUCAAUAUAUAUUGUAAAAAAAUGAUUGAUUGAAAUCAGUAGAGUUUUGGUUCUUUCA